AAUCGAUUUAUAGUUGCUUAUCUUUGAAUAUAUUAAGAGGUUAAUAGACCAGAGCAGAGAGCCAUAAGGAGAAUACGACCAUAAGGUUGGACACGUCAUUGACACCUCGUCACCAAUGACAGGCCGACAUCUCCAAUAUAAGCACGCGCGUGUGUGAUGAUCCUCACUAGUAGAAAAAAAACUCAAGCAAGGAAGAGCAACUGGAAUAUACUUUUGUUUAACGACUUUUACGCUUUCUUUUAAAGCGCUCUGCGUUGGUGCUGCGAUGGUUACUCCAAAAAUGGCAAGCCGUCGAGGAACCAAAAGGAUCUUGAAGCCUGUUAUAGAGAAGAAACGGAGAGACAGAAUUAACCAGCGUUUAGAUGAGCUGAGAACACUUCUCCUGGAUAACACACUGGACUCGCGACUUCAAAACCCCAAACUGGAGAAAGCUGAGAUUCUAGAGUUAACAGUCGAAUACAUCAAGAAAAAAGCGCAGAAGCCAAGACAAAGUCAGGGAGAUAGUAUUAAGAAAUCAGACCCACAGGACACAUACGCUCCUGCUUUGCCCUCUGGAAGACCACAUGUACCCUUCUCCUCAGUCCAGGAGCCCGUCAACGCACAGAUGCCCUCCAAUCCCCUCUACAGAGCUGGUUUUAAGGAGUGCGUCUCGCGACUUUCUAACUUCAUUGACUGUGUGGAGCCUUCUCAGCGAGACAACUUCAUCCAGGGCUUGUGCCACCACCUCGACUCCUACAGCAAAGCUGCCCACCCUCCCUGGAUCCCGAGCCCAGAGCUGACGUGCAGGGCUGACGUCCAGGCGAUGGGACCCAUGAGAGGAAACACGGAGGCAUUUUCAUACCCAAACAGUUUGUAUCCCAAUUCCUUUAUGCUUCACCAUCCUCACCCAGCUGGACCCAUGACCCACCCUUACCUCUCGCCUCCGUACUCCAUCUCCCCGCCACCGUCGCCUUGUUACUCAAGCAGUACUCCACCCUUCUCCAGUUCACCCACGUAUCUCCCCGUACCCUGCCACUUUGUAUUUCCUCCCACCAUCUCCCCGCUUUCCACUGACUCUUCGUCAUCAGCAUCAUCGUCCUCUUUUAGCAUCUCGCCCCCUGCUCUGCCUGUAGUCCCAGGACCUCAUCUUCAGGUUUCCCCCUCUCCAGUGCGGCCCCCAGGCCCAGCACCACCCUGCCAACUCCGGACUCUGAGGCGAGCUCUUUUCCAGAACCAGAUGCAGUGUGUAUGGAGGCCAUGGUAAAAUACAGAGAAACCAUGACUGAGUUACUUGUGACAGAAGCUGG